AUGUCGCUGAGGUCUUUGAGAUCGGCCGAAUCGCCGGGACAUCUUGCCGGUACCCCGGUAAUGAUGGUCGACUACGAGACUCCGAAAAAGUUUCAUAUCCACUGCAGGGUCUCUCGAAAUUGUAAUUCUUCCCUGAAAUUUAUAAAUCUUCAGGGAAUCGUCUAUAUGAUAUCCAGUGUUGUCGGGACUUUGAUGGCUUUGAAUCUCUUCAUGCUAACUUCUGAGUUUGCAACAAGUUCUCAAAUUUGAGUCAAUUUUUUUAACUUUCAGUUAUCCGUACUUCGAGGGAGAGACAAAUACGGCUAUCAGUAAAGGGCCUAUCCUAAAUGUUUUCUUCGUUGUGAGUAGUAGAAAGUAACUACAAUGGCGUAAAACUUUGUGUGGUCGGGCGCAAAUUUGUAAAAAGUUACUUGAAGCGGCACGGAGCUCACCGAAGUUCCGCAUGACUAGAUGAGCUUUCUCAAAAAUUUUAUUUUUGCCAGCGCUAUCAUCUUGCUAAUCUUAUCACCAAAGUCGGUUCUUGCGAGUUUUCCCGCGAUUUCAUCCUUUUGAAUUUUCUCUUCAUUAAACUUCAGUUUUGACUUUUCCAGGUCCUCACUCUAUCAAUGUGUUCCUUCGUCUCUCUUUUCGCACACGAUUCCCCCGAUUUUCUUCUUGGCACCUUAAUUCUGACGGCGAGUUUCCGCAAAGCUUCAAUGACUUAUUUUCAAUUUCAGAUUUUCGAAGAGCUCAGAAUUAUCUGCGUAUCAGUUUUCAGAGCCAUCUUUCUUGCACGUAGAACAUUUUUUUCUUUCUUCCGCAAAAAAAUUUUCAGCGUACAUGGCGAAGGUUCUUGUAUCGCCAGUUACUCGGGAAAGUUAUUCGAAAAAUUUUCAAGAAACAAUCGUUUCAACUAACAUAACGGAAACCAUUCUGGUUUUGAGUAUGUCAUUGAAAUGAUUUUAAAGAUAUAAAAGAGUUUUUCUUACAGUUAUGGCGUUGCUAAGCGUUUGCUUGUUUCGGAUGUACCUACAAGCCUCGAGAGGAUCUCCAGGCAGUUCGACUUUUUCUAACUUUUUGAAUUGA